UUCAGCGGAGCCAUUGAAGUAGCCUACAGAUUUGCUUCAUGCAGACUCAGAAAUAAGUUCACUGGAGGCUCAGUCAGUCCCACAGUCUCCACAACUUUUCCGUCAACCUGUGAGCACCACGGACAGGGGAAAGAGGGGUUUGGGCAAAAUUGUCAAACAAAUUGAAACACGUGAGACCGCACUGACCACACAAGGAUGUCUGUCCACGCGUCCUGGCUACCAGUACCGCUGCUGGUGUGGGGACUGGUCUGCAGCUCAGUGCGCACUGCCCCGUUAGCGGGUAUGCAGAACGGCGCUCUUGAGCGGCAUUGGGAAACGCUCUACUCUCGAUCACUGGCUCGGAACCCAUGGGAAAAGAGAGAAAUCACCCGGGAUGGUGAAUAUCUUAUGGGCAUCAAAAGACUUAGGCGUCUCUAUUGCAACGUCGGCAUUGGGUUUCAUAUUCAAGUUUUACCAGACGGAAAGAUAACUGGAAUACAUAACGAAAAUAGAUACAGUCUCCUUGAGAUAUCACCUGUGGAGAGAGGGAUUGUGACCAUCUUUGGAGUCCGAAGUGGUCUCUUUCUAGCCAUGAACAGCAAAGGGAAGCUCUAUGGCUCUGGUCAUUACAAUGACGAGUGCAAGUUCAAGGAAAGCCUCUUGGCAAAUAACUACAACGCGUAUGAAUCUGCAGCCCACCCAGGGAUGUAUAUUGGACUGAGUAAGACAGGCAAAACCAAAAAAGGAAACCGGGUAACACCAGCGAUGACAGUGACACACUUCUUACCGAGGAUCUGAAUGAUUCCAGACAGACUGUGCCUUCAACAGAGGGCAGAGGAGAGAGAGAGAGGAAACAAUGCACUUUCAAAUGGUUUUUCUAGAGUGUGAUAUUUAAAUAGUUUAUUUAUGAUUCUUGAGACUUUUUAUAUUUUGGGAAAGUGGAAUUACGU